CUUUGUCACAAGAACAUUGUAUCUUUGGACUACCUGCAAUUCAGUCUCACUUGUGUUGGUGUAUAAAAGUUCAGUGGAAGGCUAAAUUAAAUAGUUCGAGGGUAAGACCUUGAGAAAAGGAAUAAGCUGUGGACUUGGGUGUCAUUCAAGUCGGGUGGUGAAGAAGUGAUGGAAAUAAUUAGACAAAGGAGAUAGACUGCACGGAGACGUGACCCGAGAGGAUACGUAUCUCCUGAGGUGAUGUCCCACCAUGGCUCAUGGGCGGCGCCUUGCCCUGGGUAUUUUUGUCCUCCUUUUGGUCGAUAUUAUAUGGGUAGCUUCAUCAGAGCUGUCAGAGUACAUUUUCCAUGACAGUGGUUUUAAUAAGCCAUUCUUCAGCACCUACUUAAAAACGAGCAUGUUCAGUCUCUACUUACUUGGGUUCAUAUUUUGGAGUCCGUGGAGGCAUCAGUGUUCGCAUAAUCUCUAUCCUGAUGACAUGUAUCAGGUAGCAGCAGACAUCGAAGAAGAUGAGGAGUCAUCGAUGGUGGAUGACAGACGAUUGAGGAGGGAGAGUGCCCUCUGCAAAGUUGAACCUAUCUUCACGGUGGAUCAGGUGGCCUCUUGCAUUGCUGUGGACAAAAGAAACAGUGCCGAGCUAACUCGUAUGAUACGAUGGCACUAUCUUCCAACGUCUGUGGCAAAAAACCCUGUGGAAAAGAGUGAACCAAGAUAUGAACCAUUAAAACUUACUGAGCAAGAGAAGAGCUCUGAUGGAGAAUCUGACGACUCUUCCAUUAAAUCCGUCCGCUUCAGCAAGUUGACCGAGGUUCGUCAGAUGGCUGAAAGUGAAGCUGUUGAUGCCAUGAUGUCUCGUUUAUCCUUCUCUGCAUCAUUACGUGCUGAGCAACUUGCAAUGCAGGCUGCAAAUAAACUGACUAUAAAAGAAGUUAUGAAGAUAUCUAGUAUAUUUUGUUUAUUGUGGUUCUUAGGUAAUUAUGGAUACCAGAUAGCACUUAGUGACACACAAGCUGGUGUUGUCAAUGUAAUAUCAUCAACAUCAGGGCUGUUUACCCUUAUGCUAGCAGCAAUAUUUCCUUCAUCUAUAUCCGAUAAAUUUACGCUCUCUAAGUUAGCAACUGUCUUCUUAAUGGUUGCAGGGGUGGUCCUGGUAAGUUUAGAAGACAUCAGUCUUGAAGGUAGCUCUGUGCCUGUGGGUGUUGUAUGGUCCUUGGUUGGAGCUAUUCUGUAUGCAUGUUACAUGGUAUUCUUAAAGCGAAAAGUUCCCACGGAAGACAGGAUGGAUUUUUCCAUGUUCUUUGGAUUUGUUGGGUUAUUUAAUACCAUACUCCUCUGGCCUGGGUUCCCUCUACUGGAUGCUCUCGGAUGGGAAACCUUUCAGCUACCAAACAAAAGCCAGUGGUUAUAUAUGUCCAUAAAUGGUUUAGUUGGCACCGUGUUUUCCGAGCUGCUGUGGCUGUGGGGCUGUUUUCUGACAUCCUCACUUAUGGCUACAUUAUCACUAAGCCUUACCAUUCCUCUAACAAUGAUAGUCGAUACCUGGGUUAAGAACAUUGAAUACUCGUAUAUUUUCUACAUUGGUUCUGUACCAAUGAUGCUGUCUUUUGUUAUUGUGACUCUUCUUACGCAUUAUGAAGACUGGGACCCUCUGAUGGAUGGAAUAAAGUUCAUUCACAGAAAAUGCUGCCGACAGUCUGUUUCAUACAGUUUGGUUGAUACUGAUGGAAUUGAAAGGGAAAGCCUGAUUGUUAGCAAACAUGAUGAAGACGAAGAGGAAGGAGGGGAUGAAGAUGAGGUUGAUACGACGUGCAUCACAAAUCCUCUCGUUAUUAGAGACGGGUCAUCAGCAGACAGCAUCAUUAUUAACCAUGUAUAAGUGGACCAUAGUAACUUACAUCAGAUUUUAUUUAUUUAUUUUAGUUCUACGAUGAUUACAGUAUCUUAUAUAAAUGUUUUAUUAGUUCCUGUUUUGUUUUGUCCUUGAAAAGCGUUACAGAUUAUUUUCUCAUGAGUAUAAUUUUCUUUAUUGUAUUUUAGUCACUAAUGUGAUAAAAAGUGUUAUUUUUUAGUAUAGUCUGUUUUUAUAUAACUCAGAUUUCUGUUGCUGGGACUUCUAGUCUAAGGAGAAAAAAUAUUUUCUUUCUGUUUUGCAGAACUAGUGCCAUUGAAGUUGGAUAAGUAAUGCAAAACAUAGAACUUAAGUAUUUAUGUAUAUAUAGUACUUAACUUUGUGUAGCUUUCCAUAUCCAGUGAUGCUGAUUGAUUGAUCUCUUAAUGUUUUGGAAAUUUGAGGAAUAGUAGCUUGAAUAUAUUUUGGAAAGCAGAAAUAGUAAGCAAUAAAUAGGUGCUGAACGGGAGCUAUAAUGAUUAAUUGAAAAUCAUGAAAGUUGGGUGUCAUAACUUUUUCUUUAUUUACAUAUAUGAUCUCUUAAUGGUUGGAGUUCAGCUACAAAAGACAGUGGGUUCUUUGACUGUAGGAUAUGUGUUCAACCACUCAAGCAUUAAAUUUUGAGUGAGUCUCUUUAGGAAAGAAAUUCAUGCAAGUGGUAUUUUUCUUUUUACGGGGCUUGAUACCUUAAUUAAGGAAUUGCACGUAAUGUUGGUGCCCUUUUAUCAAUAUCACUGUACCAUGAUAUUAGUGCAGCUGUUGGUGUUUUUAGUAAAGUGCAUUUAUUUGUAUUAUGUUUUAAAAUAUUGCCAUUGAAAUGUACAUAUUGAUUUUCUGAUUUAUUUUAAUGGAAGUAAUGUCUGCAGCAUAUGUCAUUUGGUUUUUAAAAGAAAGUUUGGUUAGUGAACUGGUAAUUUUAGGCGAGAUCAACAUGUGUUUCCAAUAGAAGUAGUUUAAGGAAUUCCACAGUCAGAUGGGAUUUCAGGUAGAAAGAGCACACACAGGAAAGAGGUGAGUGGAGGGAACGCAUUUCUACAUUUAACCCUUUCAAGCGAAAAGCAGAUGUAAAAUUGUUCGUGAUGGAAAUGACAGUGAUGAAGGAUGUUGGAUAAGGUGCAUUCAAGAACAUCUUAUAAAGAUUAUAACUUGAAUAGUAGUAUCACAACAGAGAACACCUAAAUCUCAUCUUUUCUUGGUAUUUUGCAACAGUGAGUUCAUGCCAUCAUUUGGUUACCAGAUGAUAUCAUGGCAUUAUGGUCAGCCACUCCUUUCAUAUCAUUUUGAGUACCAAUUAAUUGUUCUUAAGGUUUAUCUAACAUAAUCGUAUCCUUCUUCAGACCUAUACAUAAAGAGUAUAUCAGUUUUCUAUUAAAUUUAAUUUGUAUGUUUUUGUCCAUACAACACUUUAUUCGACAUCAGACACUAAUCUUUUCAUUAAGUUGAAUAUUGUUUGCAUAUUAGAACUUUUCUCUCCAGAAAAAUCAUUGUUACCUCUAUCAAUUCUAGUUUUUCUUUCUUUUGUUGAAAUUCCCAUUCUCAGUCAGUAUAGUCCUCAGGUACUUUAAUUGCUCUACUUCUUCCAUUGGCUUUUUGGUAAGUUUUGAAUGCCAGGAGUUGUAGGCAACUCUUGAAACGACAAUAUGACAUUGCUGUUUAUUCUUGUGACAUAACUUGCCUUUUUUGAUUGCCAAAACUGUUUGAUGAAGAGAUUUUCUUAAAGAGAAUUAUCUGGAAUUGAAAGGGAUAGACAAUCUUAAUGACAAAGCAAAACACCAAGAAAAAUUUUUUAAUAAAAAAAAAGUUUUUAAAGAUAUCGGCUCACGUUGCACUAAAUUUUUGCAUUUGUUCAUCACAAUUACAAUUAUGCUGUCACUGCUUUUUGUAUUGAUAUUUUAUACAUUUUAUAUUGUCUAGAUAAAUGAUAUUGAGAGGUACAGCUACAUAAUGCAGUUAUGUAAUAGCAGAGUAGAGUAACAGUCUUGCUAAUGGAACACCCAGUAUCUGAUUGAGCUUGGUGAACGAAAUGAAAUACUUGAGUGAAUGGAUUGAGAUUACUUACUGAGUAAUUUUUCUGCUUGUGGAGUAGUGCAUAGAUAUGCUGAUUAGGCACAAAUCUCAGCUUAUCAGUUACUCUGAAUGGAAGUUUAUCACUAAUGUUUUCAUGUGUGAUGUACACAAUGGUAUAGUACAAUAUUAAGCCAGGAGUGAUGUAUAGUUGCUUAGACUUAAACUUUAACUAUAAGUACUACAGUCAGUACAUGUACUACAUAAUCCUGUUGUUUUAUCCUUAUGUUAUUGAUUGUAUUGAGUAUUCAGAUCGUAAUGACUGUUUGUGUCGUGAUAUGAGCAAAAUUGGCUACAGUUGCUCUAUGGUGAGAGCUACUGUCGUAAUUUGCACAUUUGCGCGCUAUAGUUCUAUUUAUAACUAUACAAGGGCAGUUUAAACAAAAAUAUGUUCAUUGAAUUAUAUUUGAUGAUAGAGGGAGAUACAUUGCUUAUAUUUUGUGGCUUUUUAUUGACUUGGUACAUGUUCACAUGAGCCAGGUUGCACGUUGGCAAUGCUUAGGCAUGUGGUUGACAAUGGAAGUUCAUUAAGUACAUUUUUUUUAUUUAUUUACUGUGCCUUCAUUUAGUGAAUAUGUUGAAUACUUUACUGUACUGUAUUUGAUGACUGGUGUGUUUGGUAAUGAUCAUAAGUAACUGACUGGUUUUAAAAGACUUUGCUGACUUGUUGAAGGUAAGAGUUUUCCAGUUGUUCCAUUCAUGAUCCUUGUAGAGUCAUUUAGUUUAUGAAAGCCUCUUAGCAUUAUCAUCAGAAGAAAUCCUGGCAAAGGUUUGUACACAUACUUUGUACUUCAUUACAUAUUUCUGUAUUUGAGCCAAGGUGUGUUUGUUGGAGACUUGACUUUGUGUAAUUGCCUUCACUUUCAUUAAGAAAGUGUCAGUUACAUCAUACAGGUGAUUCCUUUGAAAUUUAAAUUAGGUAUGGUCUUAACAGUUGAUUGUCUAUUACUUCAGGGUGAUUAUAUCAGGAUGAUGACUUGUUCUGUUUUACCUUUGUUUUUAGGGUUGUAAUUUUUUUUUUUUACUUUAUUUUAAAUACACAAUGUAAAGUUGGAUAAUAAGAAUGAAUUUUGGACAAUACAAGAGUGAUUUGGGUAGAAUAUCUGUAAGUUGUUGGCUUCUAAUACAAAUCUGGAAGCUUUGUGACAAAAGUGAGUUAAGGAAACUAUUGGACUGCUAGAUGCAUAACACUGUGCCCAUUGCCAGCUUUUGAUUAGAAGCCAAAUACAUACCGUAUAUGGGAGAAAAAAAUUUGAGAUGUUGCUAUUUGGUACCAUUAAAAAGAGCAAAUUAACUAGAAAGCAUAGUUUAAAGCACCAAAUUUUUUAAGUAUCUUGAGAAUGAGAAAAAGUGUAUUUAUUAUAAAAGAUACAUACUCUUUUCUAAGUAAAAAAAGUCCAAGAAAGUGUUUUGGAAACAUGAAAUCUAUCACUUUGAUAUUGCCUGGUGGUUUGAACUUGUGUGAUUAAUGGAAAGAAUGAUAAAUUUUAUAAUGCACACCAAGUUAAGAUAAAACAGUAACUCUGGUUUAGGUUUGGAAAAUGUUUUCUUGUGACUGUAAUUUUGUUAUUUUGCAACCUGCUGUAUGCCAUGUUGAUGCCUGUUGUUUUAGUCCUGUCACCAUUUUGACUGUUAUCAUUUAGCUGGUCAGUUUAUAACCUCUGAAACCCAGCUAACAUUUGCUGUAUGUUAAUGAAAGGAAAUGGAUAUCAAGAAGAAAAGUUAAUCAUCCCUUAAGUGUAAGUGUGUAAGGGUAUAGAACACAAAUGGCCAACAGAAGUCUGAGUUAUAGCAGUACAAUUUGUAGCUCAUGUCUUAGGAGUCGAAGUUUAUCAUUAUACUUGUAAUAUAUUACAUCACAGAGAUAUAGCUUAUUCUUACAACUUAUUAAGGCGAUUUAUGUUUUAUGUUUAAACUAUUAUUUUACUGAAGUAUUAUAAUGGUGUAUUUUCUUCAGUGCUUUGAGUUGAAUUUGAGUAAUUGGUCAUCUUUUAAAAUAAUAUUUUUAAGGUAUGGCACUGUAGAGGCUAAGAAUUAAAAAUAAAGGUAAUGAUAUUUCAUAUAUAAUAUUGUAAGUCACAUUUUACUAAUGGUAAUAGUCAUAAUACCAAGAUAGACUAAAGGUAAAGUAACUGCUGCCUAGCAAUAUUAUAACUGUGUACGUAAAUUAAAACAAAUUGUGCAACAACAUUCUAAUCGUAUGGAGGUUAUUUUAAAUAAAGAUACCAAUUUUGUGGUCACAUUGGGAUUUUUAAUAGUGUACACAAACAUGAAAACAGUAACCGGUAAGGUCUGUUCAACUAAAGAGACUCAUAAAGUUCUUCAUAGAUACAAAAAACUACAAGAGACUUACGUACACUGUCAGUUUUGGCCUUUGGUAGGCCAUAAAUGAUGAUUAUUAUUAUUAAUAAUUUAAGCUUAACAUCCAGUUCGGCCAAUGGUUAGAGGUACUGUAGAGUAGUCAAUCGUUUGGGAGCAUUUGUAUUAACUUGAUUUUAAUUUCCUCAAAAAUUCCCUCAUACCACUACACUUUACUGGUUGGAAUUUCCGGUGUCAUGUGAGUAGGUUGUUCCUCCUCCUCAUGUUAUCCUCCAUGAAAAUUGGGAUUUUUAUUUUAUUUUUUGCACAAGGUAGUAAUUCAUUUAUUAAAUGUUAGUUCAUCAGUCUUUGACUGCCACAGACUUAGGGAUAUGUGACAGCUUCCCAAGUACUACAGCAUUCAUAUGUUUGUAAUUAUUCUCUAAAUGUUAAUUUUGACAUCAAAAUAAUGAUUAUAUAGUUUUGAUAAUGUUCUAAUUACUCUUUCUUGCUUGCAUUUACACCUUAAUAGUAUGGAAUUGUCUUUUGCUUAGGAAUUUUCAAAGUUUUGGAUGCUUACUGGCCUCAUACUUCAGGUUCGAAAAGAAUUUUAUUGAUUCGAGUCCUCAAUCUAUUCUAGCAUUGCUGACUGUUUGAAUGGCAGUCUUAACUGUAAUCUCACUGACCAAUGACUUCUUGUGGGAAUUUUGUUUCAGAUCACUUAAAAAUUGCUUCUGAAGUCAUUUAAAAUAAUAAACAAUCAGCAUAACAUUCUAGUCUGGGCAGGUUGUAGCAUAAUGCUGAACCUGGGUUGGCUUUGGAGGAAGGUUGUGUGGUUGAGUGAAGCAUGGUUUUUCCUUCCUUAUUUUGCUUUCCAAAAGCUGGAGUCAUAUUCUCAAACUUUUUUUUUAUUUUUUAUUUUUUUUUAUUUUUUUGGUUUGCAGGUCUUGACUCUUGGACUUUUAAGGUUUAGUAGAGUGGUGACCUUACAGUGCAGUUGAAGUCUGAGUGAAACUGUAGUUUUCUCAAGUACAAAUAUAAAGAUCAACGCAUUGUUAUCCUGUAGUCUGAAGCUCACACUUAGAUGUGGCGCAUGAUGCUGCAAUAUUUGAGAAUCUGUUUAGAGAUUCCAGGAUGUUGCUUGUCCCUUUGUUGGUGCCACCUGAAGCUCAAGAUGAUGAAUCUUCAUAGGAUGAAAUUUGGUAAUACUGUAACUACCUGAAAGAAGAUUUUUGCUGGCAGCUAUAAGAAAGAAUAUUUCCCUUGGUUAAACUAUCAGUUUUUGUAUCAAUGGCUACAAAUUGUCACAGUACUAAUCUUUGUUUCAUGAAAACUCACCUUGUGACCAAGUAUAUCUAGCAUACUAUAUCCCUUAUAAAUGCAGAAUUGAGCUUUGUAUAACAGUGGAAGAUGAGCCAGUCAUUCACGGAGCCAUUUGCCGACAUCAAAUUAUUCUAUUAGCUCUUCAUUUUGGUGGGGCUAUCAACAGCCCUGACCGACAGAUUAAGAACUCUGUAAAAUAAUAAUAAUUACGUUAGGAAACAUUAAAAAGUGUAAGAAAAAUUUAGCUCUUACUAAUGCCUAUUGCUACAGUUUUGGAUUUUGAAAAGUGAACAAUCAUCAGUGUUUACAUUCAAUUUAUAUUCGAUGCUUGAUUUUACUUAACUGACAUCUACUAUUGUGUUAAAAGGGCAGCUUUAUUUAUUUAGUAAUAAGUCUGAAAGUUUACUGCAAUUUACUAGUAACUCUUAUUUUAGCUUUACCUUACCAAAUGUAUUUUGUAGUUUUUUAAUGAGAGAGAGAGAAAAAAAAGUCAUUUUACACACUGGCUGUCACAUAGAAAUAUGAACCAUGUAAAGGUACUCCUCUCCAGUUAAAUGAUGUUGAAAUUCAAGCAGGUCUUCUGGUAAACCUACAUAUUGACACAAUUGAUCAGCUCUUGCCUUUUAUUGUUUUUUGAUAAUAUUUUUGUUACCUUGGAUUAUAUUUAAUAUCCUAGCUAACUGAAAUAUGUAUUAAUACUUCAGCAAGCCCUCAUCAUACCAGUAUGUGUCGCUUUUAUUGUUGUCUAGUAGUACACCAAGAAAGUACAACUACUAACCAGUAUAAAGUCCCUUUCUGGUAAAUCAGAAUGUUCAGGCACAGUCAAGAAGAUACCUAGCACUUUGGUUUGCAUGCCUGUCAGGUGAUUCCUGCUUCUUAGAGACUACUGCCAGAGGUCAUCGAAUGGUUGAUCCAACUGAGAGUCACUGUCCAGGACCUGCAGUUGACUAUAACUGUAGCACAGGUGUCCCUAGAAGAAAACUUGGCAUUACUAGAGGUUGUUAUUUUGAAAAGGGGUAUAACAAAUUCAAUAUAGGUAAUUGAAACUAGCAACAUAAGUUUGAGGUAAUAGAUUUUAGUGAAGUGUAGACAGCUUAGAAUUGGAAUACAUUUGGAGCAGUUAACUUAAGCAUAAUCUUGUAUAUUGUUGGGGAAGCUUGCACCAGUGUGACAUGAUCUCCAGCACAGUUCAAGCAUAAACAGAAAUUCUUCAGGGCCCAACUGUAAGGCCAAUAGGAAAGAACAUAACCUCCCCUACUUCCUGAAGAAGAGAGUUUACCAAUAAAAAUCUUACUUCCUAGAGUGACUGUAUCAACUUUUAUAAACACUUUUGGCUUCACAGUCUGUUGAGGCCUUUCAUGAACUUAUAAAGAAUUUCCCAAGUGGCCCAAGUUUCUACUUUAGAGCCACUUCAGACAGUUUCAAAACUAAAAACACUGAACCUUUAAAGAGGGAAGGUGAUUAAAGGACUUCUGGGUUUCUCAGAAAGCUGUAUUCAUGAUCUCCAAAUACAUAUCCUACCUAAUGGCCAUAGAGGAUUGAAGAAGGAAAGCUAUCUUAAAUACAAUAACCCUACAAACCCAUAAACAAUUGUCUGGGAAUAAUCUGUGGUUGAGCAUAAUCUUUUAACUUGAGCAGAAGGAAUUCUGCUUAACCAUAGUCACCAAGGUUUUCAGCAUAAUGACAGACAAAAGUAUCAAAUGAUCCCUUGUCACAGCGUGUUUUUUCUGCCACGUGAUUUUGCACUAAUGCUGGCUGGAAAUUGGUGUUAAUUUGGGAAGAUUCUUAGGUCUGGACUUUUGACUUAGGCCCCGCCCACACGGCCGAGCUUUGCUCGACGAACUUUGUUGGAUGUGACGUCAGAAGCGGAGAAACCGAAGCAGGGUUCUGACUUUUCUCGCCGUUUCUCCGCUUCUGACGUCACAUUGGACAAAGUUCGUCGACCAAAGCUCGACUGUGUGGACGGGGCCUUGGAUGAAUGAAGGCCAAUUCUACUUAAUAUAGUCAAUUAUCCUGGAAACCCUGUUACCUCAAUUGUUUUUGUCUUUUAACAUUUCUGUUCUAUUAUUCCUUUCUUUGUUCUGCACAAUUCAGCUGUGAUUUUGUGGCCACUUCUGUAAUAGAUCGAUUCUUUUACAGGGUAUGGUUCCUUUGUUCAUUUUGGUCAUUUAGCAUCCAAUUUAUUCAGAGAAGUUAGCUACAAUAGGAUUCUUAGGAUUCUUGUUUGGUGUCAGAACCUGCAUCAUUAAACCUGUAAAUAAUUUUACAAGACUAUUACAAUGUUUUAAUAUUAAACUGUACAUACUUUAUUGCUGGAAUAACAAAAGAAUGGUAAAAAUUUUCAAGGCUAUAGUUGAAUUUAGCAUAGCACCCCCAAAUUUUUUGGUACAAAAGAUAUUUGAGUCAAUCCUAUGAACUGACAUUUAUUUUAACAAUAUUGUAUAUAUAUAUAUGCAAAUUAGGAACAAAUAUUUGGGAUAUUAAAAGCCCCUCUCUAAUGCAGUUACCAGAACUUUACCUUUAGGGCUAUCUUUCACUUUCUUCAACAUCUGCACAUAUUUGAAGCGCACAUUACUCAUUUUAAAACAUAUUUCAUGAAUCUUUAUAAAAAAAAGAAACACAGUCUCGUGAUAUGUCCUGUACUUGAGUGCCAAGCAUGUCAGAUUAGUUGCUCAGAGGUUAGAAAGCUUUUGUGAAACAAUUAGGCAGUUUUCUUUGUUUCCAUGAUGCUUCCUCAGCUAAACAAAAUUGUGAGCAAUCUGAGCAGUACUAAUUACAUUUUAAUUGGUGUUAAAUAAUUAUUUUUAUUUUUAUGUAGCAUCGAAGAUCAAAAUUUUUGCAGUUCUCUUGAGAUAGUAUACUCUGCUUGUUAGCUGUUAUACAUUUUGUGUAUAUUUAACAAUGUGAAAAAGGGAAUUAUGCUAUCUCAGAUGGAAAGAACUGAUUAUAUAUUAGAUAUAUGCACUAGUGUGAUAGAUUUGCAAAUUAUGCAUAUGAUAUACUGUGGGGCUUUAUGCCAGAAUAAUUAGGUUUAUGUAUAUAUUGUAUGUUGUAUGUAUUAGUGUAUUUAUCAUUUGCAUUGCUGUAAUUAAAACUGUAGAGUCAAAACACUUUGUCAUACUUUUUUGUCUAGCUGCAUACUUGUUUCAUGAGGUGAAGUCUAAUUAUACUUUUGUCAUCACAACCUCAUUAGUUAUAAAUAUAUACAUACAUGUAUGCCCUCAUUCAUGUUCCAAGGACACCAGCCUCUUGUCUUUCAGACGUAAGGAGAAGGCAGUCUCACUAUGCACCUACCUUUUGGGCCUGUAGGUAUGUAUGUAUAAAACUGUUAGCAUCACUUUUCAUCAUUAUGCAAUGCUGUUAUCAAUUCUACUCUCGGUUUCUAGGUUUAAAUUUCACGGGAUUCCUUUGCACCAUUUGAAAUAAUGUAUUUCAAUCCUUUUCAUUUCUGGUACUUUAGAAAACAUUACCUGCAGCAUUCCUGAGACUGGACUGAGCUACUUGCCUGUGUCACCCACUGCCCUGUGAUUGGACUGCUGCUUCAGCUUUGGCCACUCCCUUCCUGCCUGCUUGGCUGCUUUGUCUCAUGUUUGAACUGUUGCCCUUGGUCUCCCUGUAUGCAGAACACUCGCAGUCAAAUAUAUCUUCAGUAACUGUCUAACUUUCAACCAACAUAUAUCAAGUAUCAAAACCAAAUCAUUGAAAGAAUUUUUGUGAGACUCUUCAACACUGUCAGUUUAUCCAUUUAUUAAAUUUUUAAAUAGUAGCAGUAAAUUAAGAGAGUUGAGUAUUAUAAACUUAGCUGUCCAGGUAAAGUAUUUAUUAAUAAUAAAAAACAACUUGCUGUUACUGCUACACUUGACUGGGGUUGCUUCAUAUGAUGUUCUUGUGACACUUGUCCUUUGGUGCUGCUGUCCUACUGUUAUUUUCUGCUACCAUGAUGACCAGGCAAUCUGUUCCUGAAACCUCCCACUGCUGCUAUUCUUGCUGUAUUGAUUAAUGUUCUAGCUGCACUAACAGAUGCACUUAUCUCCUUUUGCCCAUCUCUUGUGCAAUGGAGGACACUUAUUUUUUUUUCAGAGCUGGACUUCAUGCAAGAUUUUUAAGGCAGAUGAAAAACAGAACUCAGUCAUGCCUCCUCCUGUUAUGAUUGCUCCCUUUCUGUGCCCACAGAAAUAUUGGUGGAGGCUUUACCUAUCUGGACUGCUUCUCCAGAUGGCAGUACAGCUGUGAUUGCAUCCAUAUUAAUAUUGAGUGUUCCUUACUCCUGAUUUCCAUUUUACCAAGGUUUUGAAGAAUUUCCAGACCUAGACCUGUAUACAACCUUGGCUUUCUUCUGCCUUCUGCACUGGUCACUGUUUAUGAGAUUUGUCCUUCCUGCCCAGAGUUCCACAGGAUUGAUUUGUUCUGCACAGGUCUUUCUUGCUAGAGUUUAUAUCCCCUUAAGACCAGAGUGCCAGCCUUGAUACAGCCGAGCUUCUUGACUAAUCAAUGAAGUCAAGCAACACUGAAUAUGGUCAGUAAUCAGUGCUGCUAUUCUUUUGCCAUGACUGUUAAUCCUACAGUUGAGUAAUGACCAAGAGUGUGAGGUCAAUGACUAAAUAAGUAUGGUGACAAUGACUGUUUUGCCUUACCUUAGAACUCCAACAGUGUGUCUCACUUUUCCAUAGAGAAAUGACAUAUUGAGUGGGAACCUUUGAGCUCAUACACAGGAGACUAACAACAAUCUCAAGUCCUGCUUUUAAUCCAAAAUGGUCAGACAUUUCCUUUUUAAUACAGGUAGUGAGGGGCAUGCCAUGUUACCUGUGGAAGAAGACAUUGAGGGUACAUGUUCCUUUCUACUAGUUCUGGAGGGCUUACCUGUUAAAAGCACCUUGCUCUAUAUUCUUGGGUUUUGGAUUAGUUUGUUUACAAACCCAAAGCUACUAGAGACUUCAUUCAUGACUCACUACAAUUAUCAGGUACUCUCCCAGAUCCUAGCACCCUGGUUCAUUCAUCUUUGCUUCUUAGUGUAACAGCUAUUCAAGCAUAUGACUGAUGGGGUUGGGGGAAACAAAUACAUCUUUACAACAAAAACUAAUUUGUUACACAAACCAAUUAAUCGUAUGAUUAACACCCUCCCUCCAGUCCCUUGUAUCUUACUGCUUCACAUACCUAGUUUUCACGGGAAACAGGGUUAUUGGUUUAUGAAUAUCUUGCAGGAUCCAGAGGAACAGUGCACUGUGAGAUUACUGUACCUCCUUCUGAUGUACAAGACUGGUGAUCCUGGGAACCUUGGGGUCGUGAAUAUUGGCAUGAAUAUAUAUACCUAUAUAAAAUGGGUUUGUAUGUAAAAAAAUUGUUACUGAAACAGAAUUUAAAUUUUAUUAUGUUUAUCCUAUUAAAAAGAGCACAAUGUGAUAAGAUCCGUGCAAAGUCCAAAGAGAAACAAAUGCUAGAUGUCCCUUUCCAAUUGUCCAUUCAUGUUUCAUUAAACUUUAUGUCCAAAUAUGUAUAUGUACUAUUUUAAGUGUUUAUUUUUUAUGUACUUCAUGGCAGUUAAAUUCCAAAGCAUUCACAGAUUUCAAUAGUAUACAAAAUAGAUUUCAUUAAGUCCAAAUCCCUUAUGCCAGUCCUUUGACAGUUACAUGUUCACCUCAUUGGAUCCGAUAAAAUGAUUUAUUAAUGAUAAUAAUAAGUAACAAAAAAGAUAA